AUGAAGCGGAGUCGCAUCCAGUUUGAAACCAAUGGCGAGUACUCUUCCUCCUCUCCGGCGGCCACUGUCUCCGGGGGAGGUGGAGGAGGAAAUAUGUCCCAGAUCGCAGAUGAUGAAUCACGAAAAAAUUCUCGACAUAUACCCAAAAUCUCACGCAAGAUUCGGGCCUGUACCGAAUGUAAGCGACAUAAGGUGCGCUGUGAUAUGAAGGUCGGAGACCAAAUUUGCCAGAGGUGCCAGCGGAUGGGUUUACAAUGUGUGGUGAACAAGAGUCUUCAGACAUUACUAGAUGAUGAAGCAGAAUGGAAGACAAUGAUCGAAUUAGCCAUGUCCGAUUUAUUGAGAAAGGCCCAGCUACCAGAACUAUCAUACUAUCAAGCAGGUGGUCCCUCACCGCCACAGACUCGAUUUAAUGAGCGCGGCCGUAAAUUAUCAACUGCAUCGAUCGAAGCCACGCCUCGCACGGAAGAGCAUACAGCUCCAUCACAGAGCAAUGGAAUAAAUCAUUCACGUCGCCCAAGUUCCGGAUACCGCACACAUAGAGAACAGUCGCAUUAUUCCCCUGAAAGAGAGGACCCGGGGCAAGCAUCCCUAGUCACAGCUCCAAUGGGCAGUCUUUUCGAAGUCACACAACUUAGCCACUCCCGAGGAAAUUCGCCUACGCGCCAGUAUGCACCGGACCGCAUGGUGGCUGCCGACUUCAUAUCGCGAGGAGUCGUGGAUCUUGCCGAGGCCGAGGAACUCUUUGCCUACUUUGAUGGACGCCUCAAUCAUUACUUGUGGGAUGGCAUGGUAAUGCAUCAUGCAAAUUUGCUGUCUGUUCGACAGUCCUCUACAUUACUUACUUCAGCCGUCUUGGCGGUGACUGCUCUGCAUAUACCUAAAAAGGAGCGAGUCUUCGAUACUUGCUAUGCAGAAUUUGCAAGACUGGCCUCGGAUUCAAUGCUGAACCGGCACCAUAGCCUUGACGACUUGCGGGCUCUAUGUAUAGGUGCCUUCUGGCUAUCCGAUGUCAGCUGGAAACUCUCCGGGUAUGCGGUUCGCAUUGCUACUGAACGGAAUCUUCAUCAGUGUUACAGGAAAGCUAUACAAGGCUCACCAGAACAUCGUGAGCAGACUCAGCUGUGGUAUAUUCUUUACAUCCUGGAACACCACUUCUCUAUUGCGUACGGCAGACCGCCUAUUAUUCACGAAGAUACUUGCAUUACCAACCACGAAGUUUUUAUGAACCAUCCAUCGAUCAGUCAGCGUGAUAUUCGCGUUCAUAGCCAGGUUGCCUUGUUCAUCAUCCUGACUCGCAUCUACCAUGCAUUCGGGCCCGAUGUUGAUGUUGAAGUCUUGGAGCAUGAACUUCCGCGAAUUGAGGAAUUUGAUAAAGAUCUUGAGAAUUGGAGAAGACUCUGGAGACCACGAAUAACUGGAAAUCCUUACGUUGGAGACUAUCCUUGGAAAGCCGUGAAUCUCAACUACAACUUCUCUCGUCUUACCCUGAACUCUACAGCUCUGAGAACCUAUCAUUGCGGGACUUCAACUCGACCGCUUUCGGCAGCCCGUAAGAAACAUGCUGAGGUUGCCAUUAGAUCAGCCAUCGCAACUCUCACUGUCGUCUUGGAUGUCCCUGAAGUCCAAGAAAGUCUAGUGGGAACUCAGUUGUUCUUACACAGCAUGAUUACUUUUGCGGCAGUAUUCUUACUCAAGAUCGUUGUCAAAGUGCAUCCUAAUUGUGUCAUCGGUCCAGGCAGUCAGCGUAAUUCUCUUGCAGCUGCCGGUCUUGAUAUCGACAUCCCCUAUGUUCUCGAAGUUAUUGAGAAGAUUGCCAAAAUUAUGCUAUCCGCAAGUGAGAAGGCGGGUGAACGCCAUGUAAGCCAUCACAUUGCUCGAGGUCUCGGAAAAAUGCUGGAAGGAUUCCGAGAAUGGGAACAGAGAAAUGCGCAACAGAACAGACAACCAAUACGACCACAACAGCCGAGCUGGCUCCACGACACACCAUCGCUUUUCAGCACAGUAUCCCUCACAAACCCACAAACCCUCGGUGGACGCGCAACAAUCCUCAAUCGUCCUCCUGCCAUGCUCGGUGUUGCGCCGUUGUCAUCUGAGCGUGGUAGCAAUAACACCAACACUUCCAACAACAACAUUCAUAACGAUGCCAACCACAAUAACCACAACAACCACAACCACAAUAACAAUACCUUCCCACCUUCAAGUACAGCAGAUCUCUCCGCAAAAUCACAAGUUGGUCUAUCCGAGGGAUCACUCGAUCCCAUGAUGACGGACAUGUGGGGAUUUGAAGAGGAGUACUUUCCUAUGGGAGUGUUUGAUUUCUUGCAAUCACAAAUGCCGGCUUGA